AUGAGUGGUAAAGAUUUCUCAUAAUUUCUUUCUAACAAAGACAAUUAAUCAAUCUAAGAGAGUGUGAAAAAGAGCGUAGAUCCAAAUCUAUUCAUCAAUGAACAAACCCUUAAAUAAAUAGAGGCAGAAACCACCAAGCAUUUUUGGAUCAAUUACUUUACUCAAUCCAUUGUUACAACAUUCGUUGCUCCAUUAAAUACCAUCUAUACAUCCUUAUAACUGUCAGUCAUCCCUCAUUAAAAUAAAUACGGUGAUUUACCAGAAGAAUCAGGUACAAAGACAUCGACAUAAUUGGUCAAAACAACAAGAGACAUACAACCUCAUGAAAAGAGGAAAUUUGAGUUAUUGAUUAAGAGUGGUGCUGUUGGAAGCAACAAGCCAUUCAGAGCUCCUAUCUACACUACUUAUCGCGAAGCCUUUUAGGGAUUGACAAAUUAGGGAUGGUAGGCAUUUUUCAAAGGAAAUUUGAUUGGCAUUCUUCACCUAUUGGCUAAUAGUCAUUUGAAGAUUAAAUUAUUAUCUGACUUAGAUUUUAGAUUAGGAGCUAUGUGGCAUGAAGGAAACCAAUUAUUACGUUAAGCUGUGAUCCUAGGAUUGGUAACUGUUUCUGAUGUUGCCAGUAAUCCAUUUAUGUUAUUCCAAUCGAGAUUCAUAUUGCAAAAUAGAUUACCCAAUUUUUAUUUGUAUAAGAAUUUAUUGAGUGCCUUCAAAAAGCAUGUUAGACAUAAGAAAGAAUACUUCCAAGGAUCUACUACGUAUUUAUACAAAAAUGGUUUCAUCUUUUUGGUGCAAGUGCCUAUUCAAUUCUCUUAAAAAUUGGAAUAAUUCUAGAUGCUCUAUUUAUACCUAUCCUACAAUCUAAUAUCCUAUCCAUUUCUAACCAUAGUAAGAAGAUUGCAUUGUUAAUCUACAUUACCCGGGAUGAUCCCCAUAAGAUAUUCAGGACCCUUCCAUGCUUUGAGAUUGAUAACUCAAGAAGAAGGCAUCAAAGGUCUUUAUAGAGGUUUCGGCUUAUAUUUGAUAGGAAGUGGUCUGUUGUAAUACAUCAUGUUCGGAACUUAAAUAGAUUAGGGAGAUUUUUGA